GAAAAUGACAUUUGUGUAAAUUCACCGGCGGUAGACGAACUUACGAAAUUAUCGCCCUUCCAGUCACAAAUAUUGCAUUUUAGUGCUCUGCUAAAAGUACAUUGUACGGCCAGUCAACUUUAAAUAAAUUUGACGCAAUAAGAAUAUCAGCUGCAUACAACAAUGGCCAGCGAAGGAGCUAGUAACAAAAAUGCAGUUUGUACACUGUGUGAUAAGGUGGGACUUAAACCAUUCACCAAGGAAAACGUUUUUUACUACUACAUACCACUGCAUGGCGUUAUAUCCCACGCUGCACUCGCCGUAAACGUAAUGAAUCCCGGUUUUAUUUCCAAGGUACUACCCAAAAAGGAUUUGACAAAUGUGCUUUUACUAAGCUCAAUAGCCGGUUCGGCGUUCUACAUAUACGGACGGCCACAUUUACAAGCUGUGCCAAAUUCACGUCGUGGACUUUACGCCAUCCUGGGUGGAACACUCUUCAGCAUGGGUUCAGUGCUCGCUUGGGCUUUGAUGAGAUCGGCGCUGCCUAGAGAUAAUGCAGCCGUUGCGACCAUUGCCGGUUUGGCUUCCGGAGCUGUGUUGGUAAAGCUGAGCACUGACUAUUUUACUGAGUGCGACAAACUGGUAGCAAAGAAUUAAAUAGAUGAUACAUCGAGAGUGAACAUGUUGUUGGCGGUGCUAAUUCUCUUUAAGGGAUCAAAUCUAAUUUUAGUAAUCUUUCAUCUCUUUUUUUAAUGCAGCAAGUAAAGGUCAAUACACUGGCUGGAAUUUUCAGUUGCAGUUAAGUAUGUAAAAUACAGUGCUGCACACAUCGACAGACAACUCGUUUUUUAUAUUUAGAUAGAGCUGUUGUCUUGGAAAAUUAUUUUUAAUUUUAAACAUAAUACAUAUAUUUAGGCUUUGAAUCAAGUGGAAAUAAAGUUAAAAGUUAAUGUAGCUGCUGAAAAACUUCUAGGAUGUAUUGCAAGUAAUGUAUACAAACUACUUUGAAAUAAAUGCCAAGUCUUGUUACUGAAACGAAGAGAA